AUGUUGCCGGGAGAUGGGGAUGCUAAGGUGGCUGAGCAGCAACAGGCUCAAAAAGAAGAAAUUGAAAGACGUAAUAAAGAAAUGAAAAACGAUUUCCUCAGUCGAAUCCUUGAUCAGCAAGCAAGAGCGCGUCUCAAUACUCUUGCUAUGACCAAACCAGACAAGGCACAGGCUGUUGAAAAUAUGCUGGUAAAUAUGGCACGAACCCGUGGCAUCGGUGGUCAGAUUACGGACGAACAGUUGAGGAACAUGCUGAACGAUAUCGCAUCCCACACUAAGAAGCCAACCGAAGUCAAGUUCGAUCGACGAAGAGCCGCCAUUGAUUCAGACGACGAUUUUUAG